AUGGGUAUUUCGAAAAGGCUCGCACUUUUUGUAGCCCUUGUGCUUUUUUUCUGGUGUUCUGAUCCAGUUCAGUGUGAUGAGGUGGCUAUAAGAGGAGUGCCCGGCGGGGCUACGCCGUCCAACGAGGAGAAGACGGACAAGGGGAACAAGGAGGAGAAGACGGAUAAGGCGAACAAAGAGGAGAAGAAGGACAAAGCGGUGAACUCGGAGAACGCAGCCAGCACCCCGGGGGGCGAAGGCAAAGAUCAAAGCCAAGAAGCCAAUGUAAAUUUAAAGGGCGGUGCUUCGAAGGAGCAAAUCGCCAAAGGGGAGGAGGCCAUCUCUGCGACUAUUGGCGGAGGUGGGGCACAGGCGCAGACGACCUUCUUGCAGAGCAACGAGAAGGAGGGGGGAGAUAAGGAUAGAGGAACGAACAAUGAUAGUACGAACAGUGCGAACAGUGCGAACAGUGCCAACAGUGCCAACAGUGCCAACAGUGCCAACAGUGCCAACAGUGCCAACAGUGCCAACAGUGCCAACAGUGCCAACAGUACGAACAAUUCCAACGGCGGGAAGAGCAUGAAGAGCGGAACCGAGGUGGAAGACUCCGUGGUUAAGGAAAUAACCCCCAAGGAGGAGACGCCAAACGAGGGGAGCGCCAAAGGGAAAGACGGAGGAGCAGAAAAGGCUGGAGCACUUCGAAAUGGAAGCAACACUGGUGAGGCGAAGGGCGUGUCAAACGGUGUGCCAAACGGUGUGGCAAACGGUGUGCCAAAAGACGUGCCAAACGAUAUGCAUAAAGAGGAGACCCAGAGCAAAAGUACCAACGAGGAGUUGUACGAAGAACUAAAAAAACAAAAUGAAGAAGAAAAAAACGCAGACAUGAAUUUUCUGAAAAUACUAUCCAUCGGAUCAUCCCUUUUUAUGCAGUUAGUAUUAUUCCCUUCCAUUUUUAAAAUGAUAAAGAAGAAAACGACCGGAGAGGUAGAUGGGUUACCCUACGUGGUGUUGUUGUUUUCAUCGUUCCUGUGGUUGGUAUAUGGGAUGUUGCUAAAUAACUCCGCCAUCAUUUGUCCAAACUUAGUAGGUCUUGUAUUAGGGUCCUUUUACUCUCUCAUGUAUCAUAAGUAUUGCAAGAACAUGUGGCUAAAACAAAAGUUAUUUUCCUAUUACAAGAUUUGUGGCUUCAUAUGCUUUGCGCUUUACGCCUUUCUAUACCUGUUGACAUAUGAGCAGUACGAAUUGUUUGUUGGAUUCAUGGCGUUUAUAUCAAGCAUAGUGAACUUUGGUGCCCCUUUGUCUUACGUACAGAUAGUAAUUAAAAAGAAGAAUUCUUCUCUGAUCCCGUUGGAAAUAGCCACAGGGAGUUUGGUGUGCUCUUUCCUGUGGGUGACCUACGGGUUCACCAUCAAGGAUGGAUUUGUCAUUGUACCCAACUUAUGUGGGUUUAUCUUAAGUCUCUUACAGAUUGCCUUAAUUUUAUUGUAUUCCAACAAGGAGGCUAUUGUUAAUUACGGAGAUGGAGACGAAGUUGAUUUUGUAACUGACGGUGGAGGAAUCCAUGUAAACAGGAAGAACCGUUACGCACCUACAGAGAACCAUAUUUUCUUGAAUGAUUUCAAUUUGGAUGCAGAAAACAGAAUGGGUAGUGCAGAGGUGUCUAUCCGCUCAACAAAUUAUGAAAAUAACGGAAGUGGUAGUAAUAUGAAGAAUGGUAACAAUGCGAGUGGUUCCUUUUUAGACUCAACGUAUGACGAGACUUCUCCCCUUACGGGCGCGAACUUUGGAAUGGGCUUUGCCAACGGUGGGGCAGGUCGGCAGGGCUACCUUAGUCGCUCAGGUAGUGCGCAUCAGGAUUCUCCUCUUACAUUCUAA